AAUCUGGUUUUAGUUGAUGACGUGAUGGCGGCUCUCCUCAAAUGCAGGAGCAGAUAAGCCCUUGGGGCUCUACGGCACAAUCCGUCAUCGGACAAGGUGACUUCGUUUUUAGGCAAGUGGCUUAGCUGGACCCACGUAGAUCGGAGCCCUUAAAGGAAACCAGCCUUCGGAAAUCAAUUUAGAGCUUCUGUUCUCGCGGAGCUGGGAGAGAAGGUCUCGAGAAAAUCCUGUGGAUGUUUAGAAUUUAGACCUGUCAUUAUUAGCGGAAGAAAAUUCUGAAGUGAAGCUAAGUUUCUGAGGAUCCUGGCACUCUCACUGGAGAAAGAUGAAGUCUAUCGACAUAGGAAAAGAAUACAUAAUACCCAGUCCUGGGUAUAGAAAUGUGAGGGAGAGAGCCAGUUCUCCAGAACAAUGUAAAGAGCCAGGAGAAUUGAAGUACAAGCAGACACAUCCGAUGGAAUGCCAUGAUGCCUUGGAAUCUGCAGCCCGAGCAGAGGGUCUUUCACUGGAUGUCUCCACACAUUCCCAGCUGAGAAUCCUGGAUGAAGGGCAUCCCAAGGGCAAAUACCAUCAUGGUUUAAGCGCACUGAAACCCUUCCGGACAACCUCCAAGCACCAGCACCCGGUAGACAACGCUGGACUCUUCUCCUCUAUGACCUUCUCUUGGCUCACUCCUUUGGCCCGCGCAGCCUACAAGAAGGGGGAGUUGUUUAUGGAGGAUGUGUGGUCUCUGUCCAAGCACGAGUCUUCCGAUGUGAACUGCAGAAGACUAGAGAGACUGUGGCAAGAAGAACUGAACGAAGUCGGGCCGGACGCCGCCUCUCUCCGAAGGGUCGUGUGGAUCUUCUGCCGUACCAGGCUCAUCAUCUCCAUCGCGUGCCUGAUGAUCACGCAGCUUGCUAGCUUCAGUGGACCAGCCUUCGUGGUGAAGCACCUCCUGGAGUACACCCAGGCGCGGGAGCCCAACCUACGGUACAGCUUACUUUUAGUCCUGGGCCUCCUCCUGACAGAAAUCGUGCGCUCCUGGUCGCUGACCCUCACCUGGGCACUGAACUAUCGUACUGGCGUCCGCCUGCGGGGGGCCGUCCUCACCAUGGCAUUUAAGAAGAUCCUCAAGCUGAAAAACAUUAAGGAGAAGUCCCUGGGGGAACUCAUCAACGUAUGUUCCAACGACGGGCUGAGAAUGUUUGAGGCGGCAGCAGUCGGCAGCUUGUUGGCCGGAGGGCCCAUCAUUGCCAUCCUGGGCAUGGUUUACACUGUCAUCAUUCUGGGGCCCACAGGCUUCCUGGGAUCAGCUGUCUUCAUCCUCUUUUACCCAGCCAUGAUGUUUGUUUCACGACUCACCGCGUAUUUCAGGAGAAAAUGUGUGGCUGCCACAGACGAGCGUGUCCAAAAGAUGAACGAAGUUCUCAAUUACAUUAAAUUCAUUAAAAUGUAUGCUUGGGUCAAAGCCUUUUCCCAGAAUGUCCAAAAAAUCCGAGAGGAGGAACGCCGAAUCCUAGAGCGGGCCGGGUACUUCCAGAGCAUCACAGUCGGAGUGGCCCCCAUCGUGGUGGUGAUCGCUAGCGUGGUGACGUUCUCUGUUCACAUGAUCCUCGGCUACGAUCUUACUGCAGCCCAGGCUUUCACAGUUGUCACCAUCUUCAAUUCGAUGACAUUUGCUCUGAAAGUAACACCAUUUUCAGUGAAAUCUCUCUCUGAGGCAUCUGUGGCUAUCGACAGAUUUAAGAGUUUGUUUCUAAUGGAAGAGGUUCACAUGAUAAAGAAAAAACCAGCCAGGCCUCACAUCACGAUAGAGGUGAAAAAUGCCACCUUGGCGUGGGACUUCUCCCACUCCAGCAUCGAGAGCUCGCCCAAGCUGACCCCCAAAAUGAAAAGAGACAGGAAGGCCGCCAAAGGCAAGAGAGAGAAAGCAAAGCUGCAGCAUGAGGGACAGCAGGCCGUCCUGGCCGAGCAGAAGGGACACCUCCUUGUGGACAGUGACGAGCGACCCAGCCCCGAGGAGGAGAGCAGACAGCUCCACCUUGCGAACCUUCGCUUGCAGAGGACGCUCUAUAACAUUGACCUGGAGAUUGAGGAGGGAAAACUGAUUGGAAUCUGUGGCAGCGUGGGCAGUGGAAAAACCUCCCUCAUUUCUGCCAUUUUAGGCCAGAUGACACUGCUGGAGGGCAGCAUUGCCGUCAAUGGGACGUUUGCCUACGUAGCCCAGCAGGCUUGGAUCCUCAAUGCCACGCUGCGAGACAACAUCCUUUUCGGGAAGGAGUUUGACGAAGAAAGAUACAACAUGGUACUAAACGGCUGUUGCCUGCGACCUGACCUGGCAAUUCUCCCCAACAGUGACCUGACUGAGAUCGGUGAGCGGGGAGCCAACCUUAGCGGAGGGCAGCGCCAGAGGAUCAGCCUCGCCCGGGCUCUGUACAGCGACAGGAGUAUCUACAUUCUGGACGAUCCCCUCAGUGCCUUAGAUGCCCACGUGGGCAACCACAUCUUCAAUAGUGCCAUCAGGAAGCACCUCAAAUCCAAGACCGUCCUCUUUGUCACUCAUCAACUGCAGUAUCUGGUGGAUUGCGAUGAAGUGAUCUUCAUGAAGGAGGGCUGCAUUACUGAAAGAGGCAGCCAUGAGGGACUGAUGAAUUUGAAUGGGGAUUACGCCACCAUUUUUAAUAACCUCCUCCUGGGAGAGGCCCCCCAUGUUGAGGUUAAUUCUAAGAAGGACAUGAGCAAUUCACUGAAGAAACCACAAGACAAAGGUCCUAAAGCAGCCUCAGUAAAGAAAGAGAAGGUGGUGAAGACAGAAGAAGGGCAGCUGAUCCAGGUGGAAGAGAAAGGCCAAGGCUCCGUGCCCUGGUCCGUCUACGGCAUCUACAUCAAGGCAGCCGGCGGUCCCUUGGCCUUCCUGGUCAUCAUGGCCCUCUUCAUGCUGAACGUGGGCAGCACGGCCUUCAGCAACUGGUGGCUGAGUUACUGGAUCAAGCAAGGAAGUGGGAACACGACGGUACUACGGGGUAAUGAGACGCUGGUGAGCGACAGCAUGAAGGACAAUCCUCACAUGCGUUAUUACGCUAGCAUCUACGCCCUCUCCAUGGGCGUCAUCAUGAUCUUGAAAGCCAUUCGUGGUGUUGUUUUUGUCAAGGGAACACUGCGUGCAUCUUCCAGACUCCAUGAUGAACUCUUUCGGAGAAUCCUUCGCAGCCCCAUGAAAUUCUUUGACACCACUCCCACGGGGCGAAUCCUCAAUAGGUUUUCUAAGGACAUGGAUGAAGUGGAUGUCCGCCUGCCGUUCCAGGCCGAAAUGUUUAUCCAGAAUGUCAUCCUGGUGUUUUUCUGCGUUGGGAUGAUCGCGGGGGUCUUCCCCUGGUUCCUAGUGGUGGUGGGGCCCCUCGUCAUCCUCUUCACAGUCCUGCACGUCGUCUCUAGGGUGUUAAUUCGGGAGCUGAAACGCCUGGAUAACAUCACCCAAUCUCCUUUCCUCUCUCACAUUACAUCCAGUAUUCAGGGACUUGCUACCAUCCACGCCUACAAUAAAGGGCAGGAAUUUCUCCACAGGUACCAGGAACUGUUGGAUGACAACCAGGCGCCCUUCUUUUUAUUUACCUGUGCAAUGAGGUGGCUGGCUGUGCGGUUGGAUGUGAUCAGCAUCGCUCUGAUCACGACUACGGGGCUGAUGAUCGUCCUGAUGCAUGGCCAGAUCCCCCCGGCUUACGCGGGGCUGGCCAUCUCCUACGCCGUGCAGCUAACUGGGUUGUUCCAAUUCACAGUCAGACUGGCAUCUGAGACAGAGGCUCGCUUCACCUCUGUGGAGAGGAUCAGUCACUACAUUAAGACCCUCACCCUGGAAGCUCCAGCUCGAAUUAAGGACAAGACUCCCCCUCCAGACUGGCCUCAGGAAGGAGAGGUGAUCUUUGAAAAUGCAGAGAUGAGAUACAGGGAGAACCUUCCUCUGGUCCUGAAGAAAGUUUCUUUCACCAUCAAACCCAAAGAAAAGAUUGGCAUUGUGGGGCGGACAGGCUCAGGGAAGUCCUCUCUGGGGAUGGCCCUCUUCCGACUGGUGGAGUUGUCCGGAGGCUGCAUCAAAAUCGAUGGGGUGAGAAUCAACGAUAUCGGCCUCGCCGAUCUCCGGAGUAAACUCUCCAUCAUCCCUCAGGAGCCGGUACUGUUCAGCGGCACCGUCCGGUCAAAUUUGGAUCCUUUCAACCAGUACAGCGAAGACCAAAUUUGGGAUGCCUUGGAAAGAACGCACAUGAAAGAGUGUAUUGCUCAACUACCUCUGAAGCUUGAAUCUGAAGUGCUGGAGAAUGGAGACAACUUCUCUGUGGGGGAGCGACAGCUACUGUGCAUAGCUAGAGCUUUGCUGCGGCGCUGUAAGAUUUUGAUCCUGGAUGAAGCAACAGCCGCAAUGGACACGGAGACUGAUUUGCUGAUUCAGGAGACCAUCCGGGAGGCCUUUGCAGACUGUACUAUGCUAACGAUCGCUCACCGCCUGCACACGGUUCUGGGCUCCGAUCGGAUCAUGGUGCUUACGCAGGGACAGGUGGUGGAAUUUGACACUCCGUCUGUCCUUCUGUCCAAUGACAAUUCUCGAUUUUACGCCAUGUUUGCUGCUGCAGAGAACAAGGUUGCUGUCAAGGGCUAACCUUUCCGCCGAAGUCACUUUAAUUUUGGAGCGCUGCCAUUCCCUGCCUGGGGCAGGCCCUGCACCGUUCUCCCCCCCCCCCCCCCAAUCCCCGUCCCGAAAUCGAGAUCUCUUGCCUCUCCCCGUUUUAAUUUUCACACAGCGGUCAGGACUGACUCGUGUGCUUAGGUUUUCAAGCUCUUGGUGGUUUAAUUAUUGUCUUCAUCCCGUAUUCAUGGAAACUCAGAUCUGUUUUUCGUCCCGAAAUGCCCUCCAGAUGGUUCAGGGAACCAGAAUUAUAAAUGUAUCAGAGGCCUAUAAUGAAGCUUUAUACAUGUAGUUAUAUCUAUACAUAAUUCUGUAGAUAGCCUAUAUUUACAGUGAAAAUGUAAGCUGUUUAUUUUAUAUUAAAAUAAGCACCGUGCUAUUAACGGUGCAUAUUCUUUUCUAUCAUUUUUGUACAGUUUGCUGUACUGGAGAUCUGGUUUCGUUAUCAGAUUGUAAAAAGGGUGGCAUUUUUGUUCUCUUCCAGUUGGUCUUUUCUCGGUAGCGGGCUUUCCGCGUGUCAACGCAGACCCGGGAGCGGGGCCGCAGCUCGCCCUACAACGCCCCGCCGGGGACGCCCCGGGCCGGCGGCCCUUCCGGGGGAGGAGGGACCGCCCCCCGCCCCCCGGAAGCCCACCCCGGCUUUUGCGGGCCUCCGGAGGGCCCCGCUUUUUCCGUGGCGUUUUCACAUUCGCGGCCCAGCCCCGACCGCAGCAGCCACCUCUAAUCACCGUUUGUCGCGCUGGAGUGGGAUGGUCCGAAGAGGAGACGCGGGGCUGGCCCGGUUUGGAAACGGAAGAGGAGACUCAAAGAAGAACCAAAAUGUUCACGAACCGGUCCGCUUCAUAUCUCCUCUUGCGAUUGCUCCCCCGGCUCCCAGAACCCUCGUGGGCUCCAGAGGAAGGUGCCGGAUUCCCCUCCGUUAGCCACGCUUUCAUUUACCUGCGGGUUUCGGUUCGGUUUUUGCGUUUCGUUUUGUUUCUUCAAACACCUUCCCCGCCGCUCCAGGAUCACUGUUUUCUUUCCCGGCGAUCGUCACGGACGCUCCCUCUCUCCUAGAUUAUCUGCAGCUUUAAGCAGCCCUUGCCCGAUCGGCGUGUGACACUCGUGUCAACUCUUCUUACUGUAAAGAGACCUACCUCAGGUUGCUGAGUCCCGCGGGGUAGAGAAUGUUCCUAUAAACCAUCCGUGUGCUGGGGUGGGGUGGGCGGGGGGGGGAAGGGGACCGGUAGCUCAGGUGGGCGCGGUUGCGGGUGUAAUAGCAAUGACUCGUCGAAUGGUCAGCAUUGCAUGUCGUCGUCAACUUGGACAUUUUGUAGCCUUAGCAUGUUCGCGAACCGCCUUGUGGAGGCAAAAGUCCGAAAAAAUAAAUAAAACUAUUUUGGGUUUUCUAAAGUU